AUGGCCCAUCAUGGGAAGGCCGAACGGCCGCCUGAGGAAACAUUGUCGCUCUGGAAACGGGAGCAAGCCCGGCUGAAGGCUCGUGUCAUUAACUGGGAUACGGAAGCGUGGCAGCGGGACGCGGACUUCUCGGGUCUGCAGAGGGUCGGAGGCGUGGACGUGUCCUUUGUGAAAGGGGAUGGUGUCAACGCCUGCGCCUCCCUGGUGGUCCUCAACUACCCUGAGCUGGAGGUGGUGUACGAGGAGUGCCGCAUGGUCAGCCUGGAGGCCCCCUACGUGUCUGGCUUCCUGGCCUUCCGAGAGGUGUCCUUCCUGGAAGAGGCCGUGCAGCGGCUGCGGGAGAAGGAGCCUGGUCUGGUGCCUCAGGUUCUUCUUGUGGAUGGAAAUGGGGUGCUCCACCACCAAGGCUUUGGGAUAGCCUGCCACCUGGGUGUCCUCACAGACCUGCCCUGUGUUGGGGUGGCCAAGAAGCUCCUGCAUGUGGACGGGCUAGAGAAGAGUGGCCGGCACAAGGAGAAGAUAAAACUCCUGCAGACUGGAGGAGACACGUUUCCUCUGGUGGGGGAUUCGGGGACCGUCCUGGGAAUGGCCCUGAAGAGCAACGACCGCAGCACCAAUCCCCUCUACGUCUCCGUGGGCCACAAGGUCAGCUUGGAGACCGCUGUGCGCCUGACACGAGCCUGCUGCAGGUUCCGGAGCCCAGAGCCCGUGCGCCAGGCUGACAUCCGCUCCCGUGAGUACAUCCGCAGGACCCAUGGGCCCCCUGGGCCCCCCACUGUGGGGCAAGAGAGGACGGGCCCUGUCCCUGUGGACGUGCCUCUCACACUCCUCAGUGGAUGGGACACUUGUCCCAGGACCUUUGUGAGGAUUCAGAAGGUGCGGAGGUCUAAGGGCAAGGGCAAGCCCCCCGAGUACCUCGGCCCACUUCCUGGGGCACAUCUGGACACUCCAACCCAGGGCCCCAGGGACAGUGAGGCAUGGGCUGGUGGCCAAGCAGAGCCAGACACUGUGAAGACCCAGGGGCCUCCUGAGCUGGCCUCCGGGAGCAGGGAUGCUGCCCUACAGACAGAUUCCUCAGGGCAGAGUGCAGUCCAGGAAGUGAUACAGCUGCUGCCCCUGGAACAUCUGUGCCGGGUGACCAGACCUCCACCCUGGCUGGCCAGCUGUUUCCUGGUCCCCAGCCACUUGCCCAUCCCCAGGCUGCUGCUGCUGGGCACUGUCCAGGGCACUACCAGCCUGCAGUGGCAGGGGGCGCUGUCUGGGGGGCUGGAGAGCUUCCCAGAGUACGGGGAGGCUGGGGGUCAGCCCUGUGCCUUCAGCCUCGGUGACAGUGCCCUUUCUGGACACUUCAGGCCUCGUGUGCCUUCACACCUGAACGUGUUUCCAGGGCUCCUCGUGCGGCAGCAGGAAUCAUAG